UUGGCUGUGAAUAAAAUAUUCUAUUUUCAAUUUUUCAUGUUCUUUUAUAUAAAUUUUACAAUCAUUCUGACAACUUCAUCUGAAUUGGAAAAAGUUUUAGGAAGAAAAGCGUGGUUCAUUUGGGUUGAAAUAUAUCUCAGGAAGGGAUGUCUUCGACUAACGGUGAUUGGCAGUCAACUGCUUUCCGUCAAAAAGUUAUUUUAAACAUUGAUGAUGCUUUGAAGAAAUCCGCCAACAUGAUUGGACCUAAUGAAAAAAGUGCUGCAGAGAUUGAAGACCAGAUAUUUGGACGAUCAGCCAGCAGAGAUAAUUACAUGUCGAUGGUUGCUCGCAUCAUUUUGCAUUUACAGUCAGGUGGUCAAAACCAGACACAAACUGCAUCGAAUAUGAACCAGGGUCCUAUGACACCUAUGAUGAUGAAUUCUAACAUGCAACAAGCUGGACAAAUGAUGGUUGCUGAUCAAAAUGCCAUGAGAACAGAUAACCAUUUGAAGAUGUUAACUCAACAGUCACCUAUGAGUGGCAUUUCAACACCAUCCCCAAAACUCCCUUUAUAUCAUUCACCAUCCCCUGCUCCAGUGCAACAAGUUAAACCAGGGGUCAAGACCUCAGGGGUGAGAAGUGUACAAGUUAGCUCAAACGCUGCUUAUCAAUCACCUCUUAUCCCCUCUCCAAGUCCUGCAGCCCCAUCACCAGCUCCUGCGUCAUCACCAGCAAUGAUAAGUGCCCAGUCUCCUUCAUCUUUACUUGCCUCGAGGAUUUCUGGUAUACCUAGCGUUGAGUCACCAGGAUCAUUUAAUCCUCCAAGUAAUCUUAAUCUUGGUUCACAAGAAAGCCCGGGUAAAACUGAUCUUUCAGACAAGGAGGAACAACUGUAUGUUGAGAAGCUCAAGCAACUGUCUGUGUAUACAGAACCUUUACGGAAAAUGAUCGCUAAAAUGCAAAAUGAAGAAGAUGGGGCAAACAAGGACAACAGGAAUUUAACAAAGUUGAAAAGAUUAUUGAGCAUCCUUGGUAAUCCUAAAGAAAGAGUUCCAUAUCAAGCGUUGCUGAAAGUUGAGGAUGUCUUACGUCGGAAAUUACCAUUUGAGGGUGAAAUCAAGAAGGGAAAAAAAGAUGACAAAAGCGAGCCAUUACCCAUUGGACAUUCCUUCCUGGAGGCACUCCAAGGUCAAGCCAAAACAAAUUCACUCCAAUCAAACAACCGAUUGUUCCAAAUGCUGGCGCCGACGCUCGGAACGAUUCAUGGACCUGCAAUUUGCCCUCCGCAAGUUCCCAGGCUGCGUAAGGAGAGGCACGAACCAGAGUCACCCUUGCCUCACGUGGUGAAGUCAGAGAUCGCGCGUUUGGCGGGCAAGUUCGCCGUGGAUUAUGCUAAUGAUGGCAACGAUGACCGCGAACAAACAGUGUUGGUUUGCUCAAUAAGCGACAAAACAUUGCCUGCUGUUCCAAACCUUGUGGUUCGCUUGCCACUGAAUUAUCCAGAUUCAUCUCCGCUCUAUGAUACGAACGAUUAUGAAACAAGCGAUUUCUUACAGCGGAUCAAGACGCGACUUAAAAACAAACUCGUGAGGUUACUCCGUGUGUACACUUUCACAACAUUACUACUAAACUGGGAGUCCGCUGUCAGAUACGCCGACGCCAGAUGUGAGAAAGUGAAAAAUGAAAUAUAAAGAUUUAGCAGUGGAAAAAUAUUUAUAUUAUUAUUUAUAAAGAAGGUUCAAGAAAUAGACUUAUGAUAUACGGUAUAUCUCGUUGGCAAGACUGGCAAAGUCAUGAAGAAAGACAGUCAUAGUUUAGGUUCUGGUUAUCAUGUAAAUGAUCUCCAAUUUAUUGGGGACAGAAAACAAACAGAUAUAUCUUGGCACCUACGUAUAGUGUGCUUAUAAGUUAUAACGUUCUUAUAAGGUUCUGAGAGGACAAUAUAGCCUUUAAUAGUUUUAUGGCCCAUGGGGUUAAAAUAGAGGCUUUCGUCAGCUUUACGAAACGAAAGCAAAGAGUUGUAAUAAUGACAGAAAAAUAGAUGACACAUCUCUAAUGGUGGUGCAGAUUUUUGACCACUGACGCUCUCUGGGUUGUGUGCCCCAGGAGAUCUCUCAUAAAUACGAAGUUGCAGUUGCAGCACUUUAAUAAACUUGCAGGAAGUUGCUACAGGCUUAAACAAGUUGCUACAACUUGAUAACAACAAUAUUCGUGAGUUGCAGAAUAAUGAA